CAAAGUACAUUUCAAAAUACUUUAAACGCCAAGCCAAGCCCUCUGCGCAUUUUAACGAUCUCUCGGUAAUUUGUCAGCGUGUGACAAAAUUAAACAGAGUGCCUUAAUAUAUUGUUUUUGAAUUUCUAUCACGAAUCUAACGGAACGGACCGAUGUUCUUGCGUUAUCAGGCAUCACAACGUUGACAUGUCUUAUGUAAUCAAUUAAGCAAGAAAAAUAAGACGCUGCCGUGUAUACGUGUAUCUGUUAAUCCCUGAGAGAACAGAUCAGGAAGACUAAAGGUGCCAUUUGGACAAAGCGGAGACGACACAUUUGAACAUUUUGAGUGAUUAGGUAUGCUAAUUUACAAUCGCAGAACUACGCCACGGCCACAUGAACGAUAACCUCGCAACUGGACAAUCAAUGUGAAGAAUCAUGAAUAUUCUGCCGUGGAAAAGCGGAUCGAUGUCGUCAGUUCAUUUACCGCAAAUUUUGCCGGAUUAACAGAUGAUUGCGUGCGUAAAGCCGUGUAAGAACAAGAGCAAAACGCUGUAGCCUUUCAAGGGACAGUUUAAAGUUUAACUAAGUCGAUCUUGGUCGGAGUUAUCGCCAGAUUUACGAUGCAGGAUAACGGGAAAUUUCGCUUCUGCGACAAUAGAAGCGAAGCUACAAGUCCGAAAGCAGGGGGAAGAGACGGCGAUCGCAUUAUUAUAAAUGUCGGGGGGCAUAAACAUGAAACGCACUUGAGUACAUUGCGAAAUUUUCCCGACACAAGGCUUUCGUGGAUGGUUGAAAGCCCGUUAACUAAGGCCUCCAACUCGUCGGACGAUGGAAAGCCGGUGGAGUACUUUUUCGAUCGGCAUCCAGGGGUCUUUGUACAUGUCUUAAACUACUACCGUACCGGGAAGUUACACUGUCCCGCGGAUGUGUGCGGUCCUCUAUUUGAGGAAGAGCUAAAUUUUUGGGGCAUCGAUGAGCUUCAGAUGGAACCGUGUUGUUGGUCCACGUACACAAGACAUCGCGAUGCCCAGGCAUUUGAGAAGGUCUUCACGGUCAACACGACCCAUCAGGAGGACGACGUAUCCGAAGGGGAGCCGAGCGGCAUUGGAGGAAACCAACGACAACCACUCUGGUACGGAAGAUACAAAGAAAAACUUUGGGGUAUGUUGGAAAAACCGUAUUCUUCAAAGAGCGCACAGAUACUUGCCUUGGUGUCCCUUGUGGUCAUCAUCACAUCCGUUGUGACAUUUUGCCUGGAGUCUAUUCCAGCAUUGGACCCAUACAAAAGAACAUUCCAAAUCCUUGACUACGUUUACUGCGCAGUCUUCACGUUGGACUUCCUCGCUCGUGUGUCGUCCUGUCCUGACCUGGGCGCGUUCUUUCGUAGCGCAUUGACGUGGUGUGACAUCAUGUCCGUUUUACCUUUCUACACGAACAUGAUUUGGACGGUUAAUUACCUCAACGUGGUCCUGGUCGUUCGCCUCUUUCGAAUAUUCAGGCUGUUCCGUUUUUUUCGCUUUAUGAGCGGUAUGCAAGUGAUAGGACACACACUGAGAGCCAGUGCCCGAGAACUGCUGUUGCUGGUACUCAUACUGCUCAUUCCAAUGGUUAUCUUCUCAAGUCUCUUAUUCUACACAGAGAAGGAAUUUGAUGGUGAUCCACGUUUCCAAAGCAUUCCAGAUUCAUUCUGGUGGGCAGUCAUUACCAUGACAACUGUAGGUUAUGGUGAUAUGUAUCCAAGAACAGCAUUGGGACGAUUCAUUGGAACAAUGUGUGCGUGUUCCGGUGUACUAAUCGUUGCGCUGCCUGUAUCGGUCAUCGGCAGUAAUUUUUCCCUAUUUUACUCCCACGCACAAGCUCAGCUCAAGCUUCCGCGUAAGAGAAAGCAACCGGUUUUAGUUGGCGCUGCAAGUGCAUUGAUGUCGACGGUGGAGCCCGAGUUGGCGUCGUCCUCCGGCACCGAUUCCGACUCCGCAUGCGAUAGCGCCUCUGAAGCAAAGUGCAAACCUGGCAGCAAGUGUUUGCUGAACCGAGCAGCAAGCGCCAAAGACGUGCAAGUUGAGGUGGAAACCAUAGAACUGCGGCGAAAAAUGACACCAGAUGCGAGACCACCUUGGUACCAAAAUAAAUACAAAUACGAAAGUACCCACAGCUCCCGCAGCUUGGAGAGUAAGCAUGGAGGGGUGUUUUCUUGUGGAAGCCCUGAAAUGGGUCUUGAAAAAGGCCUCAAAGCCAUGGGUGACAUCAUGCUUAACAUUGCAGCGCCAAUGCAGAGACGAAUGGCGAUAUCUGGUGUUUCUCUUGUUAACUCGCCCUCUCUUCGCCGAAGCAAUAGUGGCAAAAGGCGGUCAAGAUCGAAGUCGGGCGACUCCUUACGAAAGCGUGCCUACACAACGGGCUCAGACAACGGAAGAAUUGAGGGUUUUGGCGAUCUAGGGCAAGGUAAACGUAACGUGGAAAAUGAUCCGGGCAACGAUUUGCUCUAUACGAACAGAUCUUUGACGCCGAAGUCAGAUGUUUACCAGUCACAAACGUCUGAAAGUGACGUCAUGAAAUCCGGUGAAGAGCAACCUACUGUUGUUGAAGUGAAAACUGGCUCUGAAAUACAACGCUCCAAUGAUACCGAAGACAGGAGUGACUCAUCCUGUCCUGAGAUACAGCCAUUACUGCAAGGUCCUCCUGUACUGCACAAAAACCAAACAAGAAGCAUGCAAAAUAUCAACCGGGCAAAGGAUAGCGAUGGAAGGCAAAGUGCUGAUGUUGAACGCUCCGGAAGACGUGCUCAAACGCCCGAGUUCAGCGAUACCCCGAGACCCUUGGAUUAUAACAAACUUUCACCAUGGUAUACCAAAACGAACAGUGGAGAAAAAAAUGGUCCUGGGUUUCCAAGGUUUGGCAGGAGAAGAAGUGCCACAAUUAACAUAUGCAAUGUAUAAGAAAGGGAAACUAUCAUUAUGCACGGUACUUCACCGUGGCUGAAAGUAGAGUAGAGAGUAGUUUACCUCAAAUGUAUCUUAAGCCGGCCAUAAUAGGCGCUGGUCUUCUUAAACGUCUCAAGACUCAAGACAAUACUUUUAAGAUACAGUUAUUGCUGCGAAGAAAUUGCAAAAGGGUCGAUGCCCUCUGCCUCUGGUGUCUAAUCAGUAACUGUUUGUCACUUAUAUGGCUCUUGAUACUGAGACAUGAUUACGUUUGGUUAAUUCACAAAAGGUAAUCCACAAAUUUCAGGUAUAAUGGCUCGUAGACUGAUAUUAUAGCCCUCAACAUGGAUACAAGCUGAGAGCAAACGCAUCCAACAGCGAGAAGUUUACAGAGAUUUGAUAUUUGAGUUUGCAUGAGAAUGCUGAAAUAUGUUUAUUUAUUUAUUUAAAAAAAUGUCUAUAUUGUGUCCUUAUUAGAAGGUGACACUAUGGCAUGGCAUAGGGAAAUUGUUCUGGUAAAUAUUGUCAAUAUUAUAUCAAUGUUAUUUUUUUUAAUAAAGUGUAAAAUUGAG